GGCAGACGGAGCUCUAGCGGUCAAACUCUCCACCAACUCUGCAUCCCCCGUCCUCGGAGUGAGACACUGGGGCAGUUGCUCCGGCUUCGCUUUUUUUUCCUGGGUUAUUUUUUUUGCAGCGUGUGCGUGCGUGCGUGUGCGUGCGUGCGUGCGUGUGUGUGUGUGUGUGUGUGUGUGUGGUAGUUGUGAGCAUGCAAGGCAACGACCGUCACCGAAACAAGGAAUCAAGGAGAACAUGGACAAAUCGGCAACUUACAUUUUACAAAUGCACUUUAUAUUUAUUGAUCUUUAGUCUGGAACUGAAGAGGAGCGUCACGGCGCCGCUGGACUCUGAUGAGUUCGCAUUCUUCCAUGAGGGCGCUCAGGGGUGCCUGGGGGUGCGGGAUCACUCCCUCGUCUUGUCAACAUCCUGCGAGGAAGACAACCAGCGAUGGAAGUGGGUGACCCGGGGUCGCCUGUUCAACCUGGGCUCCUCGCUGUGCCUGGGCGUGACCACCGGUAACGUCACCUCCAGAUCGGACAGGUCUCCUCUGGGCGUGUACACGUGUGACCGCGAGCCCCCCAGGAUACGCUGGACCUGGAACUGUGGCCAGGUGUUGGACAACCUCAACAACUACCUUCCCUCACCCUCGCUUUGGAACUCCUCCUCAACGGCCCCCAUUUCAAAGAUCAAAUGGACACUGCAUGGUGGUGUGCAGGACUUGUGCUCUAAAACAUAUCGUGAGAUCUACACAAUCCAGGGGAACUCUCACGGCCGGCCCUGCUAUCUACCCUUCCUGUACGACGGCCAGUGGUUCCACAACUGCACCAGUAUCGGGCGUGAGGACAAUCACCUGUGGUGUGCCACCACCCACGACUACGGCAAAGACGAGCGUUGGGGCUUCUGUCCUGUAAAGAGCAGUGGCUGUGAGACUUUCUGGGAUACUGACCCGCUGACAGACAGCUGUUACCAGUUUAACUUUCAGGCUACGCUGUCAUGGAGCGAGGCUCGGAUCAGUUGCCAGCAGCAGGAUGCAGAUUUGCUCAGCAUCACCAAGCUGCAUGAGCAGACAUACAUCAACGGUUUACUGACGGGCUACAGUGCAGCUUUGUGGAUCGGCCUCAAUGACCUGGACAUCAAUGGCGGCUGGCAAUGGGCCGACUCUUCACCACUCAAAUAUCUCAACUGGGAGUCAGACCAGCCAAACCAUGCUGAUGAGGAGAACUGCGCUGUCAUAAGAACUGAGUCAUCGGGUCGUUGGCAAAACCGCGAUUGUUCUGUCGCUCUGCCAUAUGUGUGUAAGAAGAGGCCCAACGCCACCCUGGACCCCUUCACUACGGACUCGUGGGCAGAUGAUGAGAAGUAUGAUUGUGAUGUGGGCUGGCAGGCCUUCCAGGCUGGCUGCUACAAGCUGACUUCAGACAAGAUUGACUGGGAUACAGCUCAGAAAACCUGUCAGAGGAUGGAGGCCAACCUGGUCAGCGUCCACACCCUACCUGAGCUAGAGUUCAUCAUACGCAACCUGAAGAAAGACAUCGACCAGCUUUGGAUAGGGCUCCAUGACACUAAUAUGCAAAUGGACUUCCAAUGGACUGACCACACGCCCGUCAUCUUCACCUACUGGCACCCCUUUGAACCCAACAACUUCCGCAACACCCUAGAAGAUUGCGUCUCCAUCUGGGGAGCUGAGGGCCGCUGGGAUGACAGCCCCUGUAAUCUGACUCUGGCCUCCAUCUGUAAGAAACCGGGAACAAAGAGUGAAGGGAAGCCGCGGCACCGAGACUGCAAACAAGGCUGGAAAUGGCACAGUCCAGCUUGUUACUGGGUGGGAGAAGAUCUGUCUUCCUUUGAAGAGGCCAGUAAGUCCUGUGAGGACCAAGGAGCCACCCUUGUUACCAUUACCAAUCGGUUUGAGCAGGCCUUCGCCAACAGCCUGGUGUUAGGUCGCUCUGGUGAUUCCUUCUGGAUCGGCCUCCAUGACCAGGGCAACCCCGGCUCUUUCCACUGGCUGAGCGGGGAUGAAGUGUCCUACACCAACUGGAAUCGCGACCAGCCAGUCAACGUUCACGGCGGCUGCGUUUCCAUGGCAAUGGGCUUCGCAACAGGUCUGUGGGAGGUGAGGGAGUGUGCGUCAUCGAAGGCGAAAUUCAUCUGCCGUCAGAACCAGGAUGCGUCUCUGAGCCCCGAGCUGCCCGUCCCUCAGCCCACCCCGAGCCUCAGCGGCUCCUGUCCCAGCGGCUGGAAGAGCAACAGCAACCUGCGCUACUGUUACAAGGUGUUUCAUUCCUCCCAGCUGGAGAAGAAGCUGAGCUGGCUGCAGGCUCAUCUAACCUGCCGGACACACGGAGCCAACCUGCUGAGCAUCAGCAUCCCUGAGGAGGAGCACUUUGUUCUGCAGGUCCUCCAUGAGAUCUUUGGGGAGUCAGAGGAUGAGCAGCACUGGUUUUGGAUUGGAUUGAAUCGCAGAAACCCAAUGGACAACGGCAGCUGGAAGUGGAGUGAUGGACUGGCUUUCACGUACCAGAACUUCGGCCGCUACUACUACAACGUCCGGCAAUGUGCUGCAGCAGACUUGGGCACUAUGACCUGGCUGGCCAUGCACUGUGACUCUGAGUUAGACUGGAUCUGCAAGAUCCCCAGAGGUAGUGUUGAGAAGGAGCCAGACGUCUCUGAAGGCACCACUUCCCCAGAGUGGAUUGGCUUCCAGGAGGCUGAAUAUAAAUUUUUUGACCACCGCAGCACUUGGGACCAGGCCCAGAGGAUUUGCUCUUGGUUUGAUUCCUCGCUGGCCUCGGUUCACUCAGCUGAGGAAGAAGCUUUCCUGGCCAACACUUUAAGCAAGAUGGUGAAGGCCGAGGGUGACAACUGGUGGCUGGGGCUUCACACCUUCGAUAACGAUGGCCGUUUCCGCUGGUCUGACCACUCGGUGCUCAAUUAUGUGUCCUGGGCCCUCGGGAGGCCGCUUCCAGUCAGCCGUGACCGCAGAUGUGUCCACAUGGUCGCCAACAAAGCUGAUUGGGCUGAUCAGAAGUGCCACUCUGACCUGCCGUACAUCUGUAAGAGAGUGAAUGUCACAGGUACUAUUCCUCCAACUCCAUCAACCCCCCACCCACCUGCAGGCUGCCCUGAUGGAUGGUCUUCCUAUCAACACAAGUGUUUCAGAGUAUUUGAUCAGACAAACCGCCUCACAUGGUCUGCAGCCAAGUUGAAAUGUGAAACGCAGGCGGGUGUACUGGCAGUGGUGUCCAAUCAUUUGGAGCAAGCCUUCGUCACCACCCUGCUUCAAAAUGCCAGUGUUGACCUUUGGGUGGGUCUGACUUCAGACUCUAAAGGUCAUUUCCAGUGGGCCAAGCCGGGCCUACUCAGCUACACCAACUGGGCUCCUGGAGAGCCACUGGACAACAGCGGACCACACCACAACAAGACCCCGGGAAACUGUGUGGUGAUGAUUCAUGGGAGCCCUCAGAAGAACACUGGCAUGUGGGCCUCCCGAGCCUGUGAGAUGGAAAGUAAUGGCUUCAUCUGUCAAAGGAAACAAGACUCCGGUCUCCCCCCGGCCCCAGCUCUUCUCCCCGCCUCCCUGUCAAAGCCUUUUGAGCUGGGCGGAGCGACUUACCGGGUUGUGGAGAAGCGUCUGGACUGGACCGGCGCGCUGCACCUCUGUGAAUCUUUGAAUGGGACCCUGGCCAUGGCGAAGGAUCCCUACCAGCAGGCUUACCUUACACUGCUGAUUAACAGCCUGCGCCGGCCGGCCUGGAUCGGUCUCUACAAUUAUGGAGGACGGAGCUUCACCUGGCUGGGUGAAGAAGAAGUGUCGUAUUCAAACUGGAAAGAUGGGGAGCCGCAUCAGAUGGCUGGAUGCGGUCACAUGACCACUACUGGGCAGUGGACUAUGACUCCCUGUGACGCCAAACUGGAGGCUGCUAUCUGUCAAAUUAGUGAUGAGCCUGUGCUUCACGAGUGGAUCUUCCCCGGCCAGUGCCCCCACUCUCUGGGAGACUGGGCGUGGGUGCCUUUCAGAAACCACUGUUAUGCCUUUAACCUGCAAAGUGUUAGACUGCAGCAGGAUGCACGAACAUCCUGUAAAAAAGUGGGAGCUGAACUUCUCUCAAUCCUGGACGAGACAGAGAACGGAUUUGUGUGGGAACACAUCCAGAGCUAUGCAGAGCAGGCACAUGGAGCUUGGCUGGGCAUCAGUGUGAAAGGUAGAGGUCUAGUGUGGAGCGAGGACACAGAAAUGUCGUACACCAACUGGGAAGCGCACGAAGUCGCCUUCUCUGUUCUGUCUCCAAACUCCUGCUUCUGGAUCCAGAGCAACAGCGGCCUGUGGAAGCCGGGCUCCUGCAGAAAUCGCACACAUGGAGUCAUCUGCAAACUGCCUCGCGCUGCUGAAACGUCAGCUGUCACAUUGGAAAGCGACCACCUGCCCACUCUGAUCGUUGUCAUGGUGUCCGCCCUGGUGCUGGUGGUGUUGAUCGUCGGCGUGAUCUACUUGUACCGCCGGCGAACUGUUGGGUCCCGGGGGUCCUACGAAGGGGCCCGCUACAGCCGCACCAACUCCAGCCUCGCUGAGCAGGUCGAGAAGAACAUCCUGGUGUCUGACAUGGAGCUGAACGAGCAGGCAGAGUAGCACCCGGAGCCGACGUGACACAGGAGAGGCUGAUUUCAACGUGCUGACUGUCGACUGAUGUUUUUGUUGUCUCUUUUGAAACCAAAAAGAAUCAUUUUAAAGUACUGAGGGGCUGUGUAGAGCACAGCAGAUGUUUAAUUUCAAAUUGAAUCCCCGCCUUCUCAAUCCUCUUUUGCCAAGAUUUAACAGUUCUAGCAAAUUCUCUCCAGACAAAUCAGAUCCUUCCAAAUGUACAGCUUUUCCCCAAAAGCGUUCAUGAAGGCCAAGGAUGGAUCUCCUGGGAGUUUUGUUUUACAGCCGGAUAAUUCAUCAUAAAUCGUUUCUUUAUGAAAUAACUCCUCGCUCUCUGCCCGGGUGCCAAUGUCAAGUUUUGUUUGGUGUAUAUUUCCUUUGUUGUUCCCAUUUUGAUUGAAAGACUCACAAAGCAAAAAAAAGUACAAUCACAGUCACAGAUCGACUCUUAACUAAAACCUUUUGUCUCCUUGUGUCCUCUGCACACGCAGUCACAGUCUUCUUUAGGACCAAAUUCACUUUUUACAUUUUUUCCUUAUUUUCUGUUUUGCCUUGACAGUAUUUACCUGAACUUGAGGUGUUUUUGUUGUUGUUGUUGCUGCAUUCAUGUCCUUCCCCUUGAUUUGACAUUAUGUGUGCAGCUGUAGAAACUGUUACUGAUGAUGCAUGUGUGGUUUUUUGUGAGUCUGCCUCUCACCUCCUUUCUGAUGUGACACGUCAGCACCAGCUGUCAGAAGAGGAGGAAGAAGUCCAAAUGUGAAUGUGUGGAGGGUGACAGGGAGCAUCGUUAGUGGUGACCGUCUGAGGGCAGUACACUAGAAUUAUGCACAUUACUAAUGCUAAGUUCUGAGUACUGAAAGCUGGUCUUUAAGUUGACUAUGUGAUCGGACUUUCAGCUUCCAUGGCUCAAUGUACAUUUUGGCACUUUCUACUAUUACCUUGAGUUAAUUCAUCCACUUGCCUUUAGUCGUUUUUCUUAAGGCAUGGUUGCUGUCCUGUGAUUCCAAACUUUGGUUUGUUUUGGCUUUUCACGCCGCCAUCUGGUGCUGAUUCAGCAGUUUUUUAAGGGCAGUGUUUCUCUUUGUAUGCACCAUGAAAAAGGGUUUGAUAUUUGUCUGAUUCAUAUUUGUACGGUUCACUUCUUUGUAUGUGCUAUCUCUUGGAUAUUUUUCACUAUUUCUCUUUGUAAUGAUGCCGGUUUCAUUAUGUGUUUUGACUUAAAUACGACUGAAGAUAUUUGGAAACUUUCCUACUUUUAUGGGAUAAUUGCCAACACAUGAACCUCUCGUUCCCCCACAAAGAAAAACAUCCCUCACGUGAAUGACACCAUUGUAUAUAUGAGAGCCAAAGAAUGUUUUUUUAAAGUGAAUUCACAAUUUCCGUAAAAGAAAACCUCCUUCCGUUCUUUUUCUACGUCAUUUUAAGGUUUCAUACAUUUGCGCAAUGACCGAGUUCAUUUGCCUCCUCAAACAUUUUUUCUUUUCCCCUCAGCUCUUGCCUCUGAGUGCAUUUCUGUCUUUCUGCUUGCAGGAACGCUUUGGAGCCAUUUCAAUCCAAGGCUUUUGGUGUCUGAAAAAAACACAGCUUUUUAUGCUCUGUGAGUUGGACUAAGAUAGAGGGGGAAGGGAGGAGGAAGAAGUGAGUGUGUGUGUGUGUGUGUGUGUGAGUGUGUGUGUGUGUGUGUGUGUGUGAGAGAGAGAGAGAGAGAGAGAGAGAGAGAGAGAGAGAGAGAGAGAGAGAGAGAGAGAGAGAGAGAGAGUGUGCAGUCUCCAGCUGUGGAAUGUUGAGUCGGCAAGAAGAGCUCAGUGGCACGUCUGGAACCAAUCAGAGAAGGAGGGCUCAGGGACAUGAAGGGUCAGAAAGAAGAUUGAAAAAAGGAAAACUACACGAAGGAGAAAAAGGGGGGAAAAGGAGGACUGUGAGGAGGAGUCGGGGAUGUAGGGAGAGAGCAAGGCAGGGAAGGAGGAGUGUAAAGGGUGCAGUGGUUUGUCCCAGCCUCAGCCCGGCCUCUGCUGGUGGUUUUACUGCACAGAUUUGUCUUUAUUUGCAGAAUGAUGUGAACUGAUUGACCCCCUCGAUGCUAGCCGGCUCUUGUCCCUGUGAAGAUUAGCUGAAGCACCUGUUUGCAAACGUUUAUUGUUGCAUUUUUAUAUGAAAUGAAUAAAGUCUAUGUUCUCAAA